AAGACGGAGAAGCGUCCCUCCCUAGGCAAUGUUGCGCAUGGCUCUAGAGACUAGACUGGACUCCGGAGAGGCCGAGAGCCAUGUGUCCAUGCGGUGCAGCAUUCUGAGCAAAUACAUUUGAGGAAGUCCCGGGUGUAAUUGCUCGAAGCCUGAGGAGGGGGGCCUCAGUGUCAGACAGUGUCAGUCUGUCAUGACCUGAGGCGUGUCAGAGGAGCACGUGAUUGAAUCAUCAGCCAAAAUUAUUGAAGUUGAACGUUAACAGAUCUAGAUGGCAACUUCGACAACCACUAUUCAAGGGAAGCUGUCCUUGUGUGAGUUUUAUCAAGGAAGCUAGGAGGAAGCAAGAGCUCAAGAUGUCGAAGACAUACAAUGUUGGCAUCCUCGGGGCCACCGGCACAGUCGGCCAGCGUUUCAUCACUCUCCUUAAGACGCAUCCCUUUCUCAAGAUCCACCGGCUAGGCGCAUCCAGCCGUAGUGCAGGCAAAACGUACCUCAAGGCCACAAAGUGGAAGCAAUCGACGCCCUGUCAUGAUGGUGUGAAGGAGAUGGUGAUUCAACCGUGUUCACCAGAACACUUUGAAGGGUGCCACAUCAUCUUUUCUGGCCUGGAUGCCGAUGUCGCUGGAGAGAUUGAAGCUGCCUUUCGUAAGGCAGACUUUAAGAUCUUUUCCAAUGCAAAGAACUAUAGACGAGAUCCGCUCGUGCCGCUGCUGGUGCCAACUGCCAAUCCAGCACAUCUUCAACUCAUUCGACAACAGCAAAAGGAGACGGGAGCAGGCGGCUUCAUUGUCACCAACUCCAACUGUUCUACAGCAGGUAUGGUUGUUCCCCUAGCUGCUAUCCAGGCAGCAUUCCCUGGUUUGAUGGAUAGUGUGGAUGUCGUCACACUACAAGCCAUUUCAGGCGGCGGCUACCCAGGUGUUCCGUCUCUCGAUAUCCUUGACAAUGUCGUCCCCUUCAUCUCUGGCGAAGAGGAAAAGAUGGAAUGGGAAACUGGUAAGAUCCUGGGACACUAUGCUGAACCGUCCAUUCAGCAUGCGGAGAUGAGUGUGAGUGCGAGUUGUAAUCGCGUUGCAGUGAUUGAUGGACAUCUUGGUUGUGUGACGAUUCGAUACGCUAAAGAAGCUGCCCUGCCGUCUGUCGCAGAGAUUGUUGCUGCGAUGGAGGCGUGGAUGCCUUUACAGCAGAGCGACGCAUUGCCCAGUGCGCCCAAGAAGGCCAUUUUUGUGCAUCAAGAUGAAGAUAGGCCACAACCGCGCUUGGACAGGGAACUAGAAGGUGGGUAUGCUGUGAGCGUUGGCCGUGUCCGGGAGCUUCCUGGAGGCCGCGGUGUCAAGUUCAUUUGUCUGGUUCACAACACGGUACUCGGUGCAGCUGGCAUGGGUAUUCUCAAUGCGGAGCUUGCCAUUCAGCAUGGAUUCAUCUAGACACUCUACAUGGCUAUA